GAAUCCAUCGGAGAAAGAGCCAUGCGCGAUCCAUCCGUACCUUAGCUUAAACGGCGGAAUACCGUUCGGCAAAAACAAAUCCCACGUGCUGCUGUCUUCUCCGCGGUGUUCUCAAUUUCUCAAUAAUCGAGGCGAAAGCAGUGGAGUUCGCCCAGAGUUGUGCCUAGGGAUCUUGGUCCGGCUGGGAUCUAUGUGAUUUUAACGAAGUUUCAUUGCUCCCCAUCGAUUGAAUACAAGAGUCGAGAUGUUGCGUCGAUUAGCUCGAGAAAGACGAGAAUACCUCUACAAUAAAACGGUCGAUGAGAGACGCAAAGCGAUAGAAUCGAAGAAGGAAAAGUUGAAGAACGCUGUGGAGAGUAAUAAACCGCUCCCCACAGAACUCCGAACGGAAGCUUUGAAGCUACAAGAUUCACUUGAAUGGGACUUGAGCGCUCCUCUGUCCCAUAAUGCGGAAGAUGACGAGUAUCGCUGGGCGGGUGUUACGGACCCGAAAAUCGUGAUCACCACGACACAUGACCCUUCGUCAUCGUUGAAACAAUUCGCGAAAGAACUGAAGUUGCUUUUCCCGAAUGCUCAGAAGAUGAACAGAGGAACAUACGAUCUCAAAGAACUCAUCACGGCGUGCAGAGCGAACGACGUUACAGAUUUCAUAAUUGUCCAGGAAACCAGAGGGAAGCCUGAUGGUUUAGUUAUCAGUCAUCUACCCUAUGGACCGACGGCCUAUUUCACGAUAUAUAAUGCCGUCAUGAGACAUGAAAUUCCGGAUAUCGGGACGAUGUCCGAAGCGUACCCACAUCUCUUGUUCAACAACUUCACCACGAAUCUCGGGAUACGGGUCGAGAAGAUCCUCAAGUACCUAUUCCCUGUUCCGAAAGAAAAUUCGAAACGGGUCAUAUCUUUCGCAAAUGUGGACGAUUAUAUCUUGUUCAGACACCACACGUAUAAUCAGACGGACGGACAGGUCGAGCUGCAGGAAGUCGGUCCUAGGUUCGAGUUGAAGCUCUAUGAUAUAAAACUGGGAUCCAUCGAUGAGGCUGCGGCGCUAGACUCUGAGUGGAGUUUGAAGCCCUUCAUGAACACGUCGAGGAAACGCCUUUUCCUCGGAGAACCGUCCGAGCUGGCAGAAAGUGGAUGAGUGGCCUUAUAUGAUAAUUAUCGUGAAUAAAGAAAGCCAAGAGCACCACGCUU